AUAUUAAAGCUGUGAAAAGGAGAUUCUCAACAUUGCUUUGAGUCCCCAUGCUCGCAGCAUAUGAACUUGCUUGCCUAUAAGCUAUGCGCGCUUGCGGCGGUAUUACACUAACAAUUUUUUGUUUUCCUCUUUCCGCCUCACUUCGUCGCCAACUGCAAUAUAAUUUGUUCUUGUUUUUCUCCUGCAUCAUCCUCGAACUCUUUGCUAUUCCACCAACAAUUUUUCGUCUUCCUCUUUCGCCCUCAUUCCGACGCCAACUUCAAUACAAUUUUUUCUCGUUUCCUCUUCGAUCAUCCUCAGACACUUGCACUGGAAAUCAAUCCUUAUAACUUCUGUUUCCCCUUUGGAGUUUCUUUCGCAAUUGACGAGUCAUUAAAAUAAGUGAUGAUUUUUUUCUCUCAGUGCUCACAGCUGGAAGCCAACACAAAAACAUCACUAAAUAUGUGCACCCUUUCUUGUAUUUGUGUGAGUAAGAAGAAUUUGAGUAACCCUGCUGUAGAUUAUUCCAUAGUUAACUAAUUAAAAUGUAUAAAUGUACAAAUAUAGCAACAAUGUCGUGUCAUAUGCUGAUUGUUACAUCAUUAUACUGGCUAUAUAAACAUAAAGCAAGGCAUGACCGUACACAGUUUAAUAUGUUUUCCUGGAGCUUACUAGCUGGAAUCUGGUUGGGAGUCCUACUGAGCUAUGGAACAGCUCGCAAAUGGGACUACGAACCGUUAUCGAUCACCACCUACUCUUCGGAUGACGAGCUAAUGAAAAUUGAUGUCAAAAUUGAGCGGGUUUCACGUGGAGUCUAUGGAGUAACUGGCAGGAUCGAAUGGAACUAUGAUACGACAGAUAAAACUAUGGUGGAAGGCAUAGUACUUCGAAGUUCUUCUGGUGAGGAGAGCGAUUACAAACUCCUUCCUUGGGCCAUUCCCAGUCAAUCUCUUUAUGACCACAUGAAUACCUAUUAUAAGGAGGUUUCCAUGAAGAACUUCAAGCACUGUUCUAAUGUACCACAAUUUGAGGGUCAAUUCCAGCCUCCAAUGCCAAAAAUGACUUAUAUUGGCAAUAAAUGUGUGAUCGAUGGCGAUGGUUUGCCGGAUAUGAUACCACAGGGAUACUAUAAGAUCAUAUUGAAAUGCUAUGGACCAGAACAGCCCACAUGGAAUGCUACGGUAAUUGCUAAAGUAACUACGAGAAUGUUUUAGUAAUAAUAUUGUUAAGUUAAAAAUAUAUAUAU